GAAGAAGAAGAAGAAGACGCUUCGACGACAUCUUUCAGGAAAAUAUGGCCGACUAUGAGCAUGUUCAGAAAAGUGCCCUAAAAAUAAAGGGUGCUGGAGCCAUUUCUUCUGGCAAAAAGAAGAAGAAGAAGGACAAGGAGAGCAAGCAUCGCAUGGAGCAGAUGUCAACCAAUCAGAACGACGAGGAGACGAAAGCCACGCGGGCGUACAUGGACAAAAGGACGCCCGCACAAAUCGCCUUUGACAAGAUGCAAGAAAAGAGGCAAAUGGAAAGAAUUCUAAACAAAGCCUCCAAGACACACAAGCAUCGAGUGGAGGACUUCAAUCGCCAUCUGGACAACCUGACAGAACAUUACGAUAUUCCUAAAGUCAGCUGGACCAAAUAAAUGGGCAGAAAGGUUCCAUUUUUGUUUUUUGAACGUAAUGUUAUGCCAUCUUAUCUAUUUACAAUUAAACGCUGCUUACUGUGAUCA